AUGAACAGGCUUAGUUCUGGAUUCCUGGGCGCCCUCAUCUUGGAGAGUUCGGGUUCUGGCCCAGCCGGGCGACGAGAGCGCCAUGAGGGGGCGCCCUCUUCACUGCAGAGGGGCCCAGCCUCCCUCCCGCUUCUCCCCGUCGGGGCCACCCGCUGCAGCGGGGGCUCUUGGUCUCUCGGGUCAAAGGUCGGGGGUGGCAAAGCUCACAGGGACCCGCGCGAGGCGUCCCCCGGGGCGAGGGUAGGCGGGGAGGCCGCGGCUGCACGGUCCCGGCGGGCGCGCAGGGCACUCGGCUGCCCCGGCCGCACGUCACUCGCGACCUGCCCCCGCCGGCCCGCCCCCGUCCCUGGAGGUGCGAGCGACGCCGGCCAACAAGGGUUCUCUCUAAGGCAGCAAUCACUGACUAUGACCUCUUGGGUUUCGAGGCUGCUUCCUAGGAAUGCCUGUUCCUUGGCUACAUCAUCAAAGAACCAGAAAGCUGAGGAUCGUCAUCGGCAGCAUGAGGCCUAUGGGUACUUCUUGCCCAUCCAGACGAGGUGGCAGGACAAUGACCAGAACGGCCAUGUGAACAAUGCCGUGUACUACAGCUACUUUGACAUUAUCAUCAACCACUACCUCAUCAGGUACUGUGGCCUGAAAACCAGCUUGCGGAUGUCCACCAUGGUGGGGUUCAUGGUGAGCAAUCAGUGCACGUACCACAUGCCCAUUGGCUUCCCUCAGAUCCCAGUGGCUGCCUUGGCUGUGGAGAAAGUGGGUCACUCCAGUGUGCAUUACCGACUUGCUCUGUUUCCACCUAAGCCCACCAAGGAGCCGCCUUCAGUAGGUUACUGUGACAUCAGUGAUGGCUUCUUCUUUGGCCAUCCCAACUUGGCACAGUUUGACACUUUGGCCUGUACCACUGGGUCUUCAGUCCAUGUCUUUGUGAAUCCAGCCACCAAUAAGCCAACAGGACUUCCAGAAGACUUCCGGAGGGGCCUCCUGAAGCUGAUGAGCUUGGCCUCAGUGUGAAUCGUACAUUUUGUACAUGGAAUUAUGCAUGUCAUAAAGUUUAGAUUAUUCUCCAAAUUUCUUUUCAUGCCGUAGCAUUUAUUUUUGCUCUUAAAAUGUCAAUUCCUUAAAUGUUUUUUUAACAGUCGUCUAGCCCCAUUGACCAAGUGCUUCCUUGCAUGAGGCCUGGGAUGAAGUGAUCAACAUACAUUGUCUCACUGGGCCUUCACAGCCACCUCCCUUUUACAGGAAAGGAAAAUGAAGUUUGUAGAUUGGAAGUAAUCAGCCUAAGUGAGCCCGUCUGACUCUGAAGCCCGUGUUCUCAACCUCCCCGUCUGUCUGCCUGCAGACCCAGGCAAACCUGUUACCACAGUAGGCAGUCCCCUUCCUCGAAAGGAGCCCCAUUCACUAGCUAUAAACAAACUGAGCGAGAUCUGUACAUCACUCGUCUUUCUUUAUCUCCAAUGUCUUACCAGCACAGCCACAUACUUCCCAUGCUUUGGGAUCAUUAGUCUGGUAUGACUCAUUAAUGUCCUCAGCUGCUUUUUUUUUAAGAUGUGAACUUUGAUACUGUAAACCCACCAUUCUUUCAUAUGUUUAAAACAACAAACCAACAAAUCUUUGCCACUUUUCUGUUAAAUCCAUACAACAAUCAGUCACUAAUGCCAUGGUUGAAGUCUAGAAGUAACCUAUAAGUAAAAUAAAAUCUUUGAUACUGAAAUGCAUAAGGACUGUACUUUGAUGUAAUAAUAAAAAUG